UGCAGACCUGGCGACUAGGAUUAGAUAAUAAUAUUAUAAAAUAUAAAUAUUAUAAAUUUUAAUAUUAUACUACUUUAGUCUACAAUUCUAUAUUAUUGAUAUUUAUUAUAUACAUAUUUGAUAUACGCACAGAUUACUGUAAAAUUUUAAACUUGUCAACUAAUACAUUUAGGUGUAGGUUAUAUUAAUGUUAGACAGUUAUUAUUGUACACAAGUAUAAAUUGUUGUAAACAUUCUUAGUAUACUUUUAAGUUAUAGCAGAAGUUUAAUAGUACAUACCGAUUUUUGUUUAUGUAUUUAAUUAAAUUAUCUAUAAUUUUGAAUUUUAAAUUUGAAUAGUAAUAUAAUUUCAUGACAAAUAAAAUGUCGAAGAUUGUUGUUAUUGGGUCUUGUAGUACUGAUAUGUUUUUUUAUACAUCAGUAUUGCCUAAUCCUGGACAGACCAUUCAUGGUAAACAGUUUUCUUUAGAUUUUGGUGGUAAGGGAGCAAACCAGUGUAUUGCUGCACAGAAACUUGGAGCUGAUACUGUAUUUAUUGGAUGUGUUGGAACAGACAUUUUUGGUAAAGAUAUUAUAAAUAAUUUUGAAAAAUGGGGCGUAGACACUCAAUUUAUAACAAAAAAAUCAGUUGAUACAGGAGUUGCACAGAUAAAUGUUACUGAUAAUGGUGAAAAUUGUAUCAUUAUUGUAGCUGGAGCUAACGGAACAUUACAAAAAGAGGAUGUGGAUAAAGCACAUGAUUUAUUACUCAAUGAAACUAGUGUUGUGCUAUUUCAAUUUGAAACUCCAUUAGAAACAACAGAAUUCAUACUUAAUAUGCUUUCAUCUGCAAAUAGUAAAUGUUGUAAAAUUGUAAAUGGUGCUCCUGCUUAUUCAAAUUCUUAUCAAAAUAUACUAAAAUUGGCUGACAUAUUUUGUGUUAACGAAUCUGAGGCAGAAAUUUAUACAAAUUGCAUAACGAAAAUUGAUAGUAUUGAAUCAGCCAAUGAGGUUUUAUCUUUACUUUUAAAUCAAGGAUGCAAAAUUGUAAUUAUUACAUUAGGAUCUCUAGGUGCCGUAUUUGCAUCUAAGGAUGAACCAAAACCACAGUGGGUUAAAGUGCCAAAAAUAGAAAAUCCUAUUGAUACCUCUGGUGCUGGUGAUGCUUUUUUGGGUAGUUUGGCUUAUUUCAUUGUUCAUACACCAAAUUUGAGUUUAUAUGAACAAAUUAAAAGAGCGUGUUUAAUAGCUACAAAGACAGUUCAGUUUAAAGGAACCCAGAAAAGUUAUCCUUUAAAAACUGAUUUACCUAAAGAACUUUUCAAUUAAUAUAUACAUGAAAUAAAUAAAUGAAAUUAAUAUUAUAUACGUAUAGAAGUACUUAAUUGUAAUUUAUGUGUUUUAAAAUUAUGUUAAUGGAUGAGUAUAUGUGUUGUAGCCACUUUGUGAAAUUGAUCUUUCAUAAAAAUAUGACCAUUUCAUUAA